GAUUCAACCACGCAAGAAAUGUCGGAGACAGGAGAUCACCAGAAACAUGUUCGUGAGCAGACAAGCGUCAAUGAGGAGGAGGAGGAGAAGGAGGCACAAGUCAUGCUUGGCUUUGCGGAACCGGUAGAUCUGGAAGAACAUGGUCCAUUACUUGCAGAAGACUUUUGCUCAAAGAUUGGUGGUUUACCUCUUUGGCUAAAUCCUGAACAUGUAUUAGAUAUCAAGGAAAUCCUUUGCGAUCAAUGCCAGAAGCCUAUGACAUUUUUACUUCAACUCUACUCACCUGAGGAUCACCCUCCAGAGGCAUUUCAUAGAGUGAUAUAUGUGUUCUGCUGUAAGAAUGGAGCCUGUCACAAGAAAUCCGCAAAAGGAUGUUUCAAGGCCGUUAGAAGCCAACUUGGCCAAUACAACCCCUAUUAUACGCCAGUUUCUAACGAUCAUGAAGAUGCCGAAGAGGAAAACGCAGGAUGGGAGCCUCUUCCUCUUAACAAACAUGCCAAAACUUGCUUUGUCUGUGGAAUGUAUGGACCUAAGCUUUGCUCCAAAUGUCACAAAGUCUCAUACUGUGGGCCUGAGCAUCAAGCCAUUCACUGGACCAAGGGUUUGCACAAACAGCUCUGCGGAACGAAUCCUCCAACUUCUUCUAUCGAUGCGAAACUUGCUGGACUUUCAAUAUCAAAGUCAGCAGACAAGGAUAAAGACGAUGACAAAGAUGAAUAUAGCGAAGAUGAAAGUGUAGUCAAGAGGGUCAAACCUUUGACACAGACUUUGACGAAGGAACAACAGGACUAUGCCAACAAACUCGACAUUGACUACAAGCUGGUCGAACGAAUGAAUCGCUUUCCAGAAUUAGAAAUUAUCAGCGAAGCUGAAGUUUUCGAUCAAGAGGCUAUCGACGAGGGCUUAGUAGAUGAAAGCUCUGGAGAUGAACUUGAGGCAGAAGAAGGAUGGGAAGAGAGAACUGCAGCGCUUAACACUAGGAAACGGAAAAAGGCCGCUACACUUGCUAAUGCGGAUGGAAGCGGCACUAGUAGGUCAUUGCAGAAUGCAGAAUCGUCAAUGAACGCUUUGGUUCCCGUUGGAGAUGAGGUCUACGAGAACACAAAGACAGAUAUUGAUGCAGCCUUCUUGGCCUUCCAGAAAAGGAUUGCUAUGUACCCAGAGCAGGUAUUGCGGUACGCACGAAUGGAAUAUGAGCUCACCAAUCCUGAACCACUUUAUGUUAGCGACAUUGGCAUUCCCAAGCCUGAGGACAUCCCGCCAUGUCCGGACUGUGGUCAGGAACGUACUUUCGAAUUUCAGAUCUUGCCCCAGCUUCUCAACUACCUUGCAAUUGACCACUCAGCAAAAGAUUCUCUGGAUUUUGGCACAGUGCUUGUUUAUUCCUGCAAAGAUAACUGCCACGUAGAAGGGAAAUUCUAUCAGCACGAGAUUGCGUUGGUGCAGCACUUCUCUGAGGAUGGCAUGCAAGGUGGUAACAUGACCUCAGGGCUUAAUGUCUCAGUAUCAAAAUAG